AUGGGACAAGGCCUGGGGAUCAAGAGCUGCGACUUCCAGGCAGCGAGAAACAAUGCAGAGCACCACACCAAUGACAUCAGCUCCCAGCGGCUCAUUGUGAGGCGGGGGCAGCCCUUCACCAUCAGCUUGCACUUUCAGGCUCCAGUCCACACAUUUCUGCGUGCCCUGAAGAAGGUAGCCUUCAUUGCACAAACUGGAAAGCAACCUUCCAUGGCCAGUGGGACCCAAGUCACGUUCUCGGUUUCCAGUCUGGGGGACCGGAAGUGGUGGAGUGCAAUGGUGGAGGAGAGAGAUGACCAGUCCUGGACAAUCUCUGUGACCACACCUGCAGAUGCUAUCAUUGGCCACUACUCACUCCUGCUGCAGAUUUCGGGCAGGACACAAUGCCUAGGCCAGUUCACACUGCUCUUUAACCCCUGGAAUCGAGAGGAUGCUGUGUUCCUGGGGAAUGAAGCUCAGCGCAGGGAGUACUUGCUGAACCAGAAUGGCCUCAUCUUCCUGGGCACGGCUGACUGCAUCCAGGCCGAGCCCUGGGACUUUGGCCAGCUCGAGGAGGAUGUGAUCGACCUUGGCUUGUGCUUACUGACCGUGGACAAGCAGGUGGAGAAGUGGGGCAACCCCGUGCACGUGGCCCAAGUCUUGGGCUCCUUGCUGCAGAUUCUUAAGGAGAAGCUUGUCCUGCCCACUGCGAAGAUCCAGACCACGGAGGAAAGGGCCUUGCUGAACAAGCGCCGGGGCAGUGCGCCCAUCCUGCGACAGUGGGUCACUGGUCAUGGAAGGCCCGUGUACGAGGGUCAGGCCUGGGUGUUGGCAGCUGUUGCUUGCACAGUGCUGCGAGGCCUGGGAAUCCCUGCCCGAGUUGUUACCGCGUUCACCUCUGCCCAGGGCACCGGCGGGGACCUGCUGGUAGACGAGUACUACAAUGAGGAGGGGCUUCAGAAUGGAGAAGGCAACAGAGGCAGAGCCUGGAUCUUCCAGACUUCCACGGAGUGCUGGAUGGCCCGGCCUGCUCUGCCUGAGGGUUAUGACGGAUGGCAGAUUCUAUACCUAAGUGCUCUUAAAGGAGAUGAAGUCCUGGAGGCCUGUGAUCUGGUCCCAGUCAAAGCGGUCAAGGAGGGGACUGUGUGGCUGAGCCCUGCAGUAUCAGACAUUUUUGCCUCAAUUAAUGCCUCAUGUGUGGUCUGGAGGUGCCGUGAGGACGGGACACUGGAGUUGACUGACUGCAACACUAAGUAUUUUGGCAAUAAUAUCAGCACCAAGAAUGUGGACUGUGACCGCCGUGAGGACAUCACACAGAACUACAAGUAUCCUGAAGGAUCUUCUCAAGAAAAAAAGGUGCUGGAGAAAGUCCAGAAAUACAGAAUGGAACGCAAGAAUGAUGGCAUCCAUCCUCCUAGCUGUGAGACUGAUGAUCCUCUUCAACUCUUUUUGAAAGCGCCGAGUUCCCUAGCCCUGGGAAAGAAUGUAGAGUUCUCUGUGAACUUGUUAAACCCCAGUGACCAGGAGAAGGAAGUGCAGCUGGCAGUUGGGCUACAGGCAGUGUACUACAAUGGCGUCCUUGCGGCCAAGCUCUGGAGGAAGAAGUUUGUCCUUACUCUCAGUGCCAACUCAGCUGAGAAAAUCUCUACCUCCCUGUUCAACUCCAGUUUUGAACAAAACCUGCCAGAGAAUAGCUUCCUCAGACUCACUGCCAUGGCAACGCACUCCAGCCUUCCCUGCUUCGCCCAGCAAGACAUCGCCAUUCGCAGACCACACCUUGCCAUAGAGAUGCCAGAGACAGCAGAGCAAAAUCAGCCCCUGAUGGCCUUGGUCAGCAUCCAUAACCCCCUCGAUGUUCCCUUGGAAGACUGUGUGAUCUCCAUCUUUGGAAGGGGGCUCAUUCACAGAGAGAAGAGCUACAGAGUGAAUUCAGUGCAGCCCAGAAACACUUUGCAUACCCAACUCAAGUUCGUGCCAGUGAAGGUGGGGUGCCAGAGGCUCACUGUGGAAAUGGACUGCAACAUGUUCCAGAACCUAACCAACUUCAGAACUGUCACGGUGGUAGCCCCUGAACCUCCAGCUUAA